AUGAAUGUCAUCAACAAGAACCCCAGCUACUACAGUUCUUACAGCGAUGACAUCACCGGUAAAAAGUUCUUUGUCAAAGAGAUUCCCGUCAAUUCCAUCAAGUUGCUAGAAUUGGUUGGGGAAGGAGCCUUCGGUCAACUCUUUUUAUUUAUCUGCGUUUUCCCCACUUUUUCUGUUACGUCUUCACUUUUUAAAUGGUCCUUACUUUCACUUUCACUUUCACUUUCAUUUCCUCAUUCCUUUUCCACUUGUCCUUCACGUUUUUACUUCUCUUUCAUUUUUAUUUUCUGCCGGUUACCUUUCAAUUUAUCUUCCUUUUCGCUUUCGUUUUACUCCUUCACUCUUUUUUUUCUUCUCUUUCAAUUUUCGACACUUUCAUUUUCUUCAUUUUUUAUACUUUCACUUUCAUCUAAUUGUUCUGCUUAUCUACGUUUUCUUCUUCACUUUAACUUCUCUUUCUUCCUUUUGUUAUUCUACUUGUUAUUCUGCACAGCUUUAUUCCCUUUCACUUUUCUUCUUCACCUGAUUUUUCUCCUUCACUUUCCUUCGUUUUUUAUUAUUUUUCUGUUUCAUUUUUUUAGUCUUUCUCUAACAUCAUUUUAUUUUGUUUUCAUCAGCUACUUGUUUUCUUUUUCUUCAUUUCUUCUCUUUUCUUUCGCCUUUUUUUUUCUUUUUCUCUGUCUUCCGAUUUUUGUGCACAUUGCCUUCAAUUGUCUUACUUUUACAUCUUUUUUUUCUUUCUCCUCUUUCUUCUUUCACUUUCUGUUAAUCUUUCUUUUUCGCAUUCCUCCUCUUCUCUGUUUACCUCUUUCUGCAAUUCUUCUGUGUCAAGAAUAA